CAAGUCGAGCUAGUGAUGACUCGCGACGAAGAUAAGCUCCAAAGUUCUACCAAAAAGUGCACCAAAGCUGCCUGUCCGCACAAGAAGAAAGGAUGCACGUGGAUGUUUGGUCCGGCCGAGAUGGAGCUGCAUCUGCAGGAGUGCAAGUUCCGCCCGUAUCGGUGCAUCGGAUCGAAGCUUAAGAUUCUGUCGUGUGGCUGGCAAGGCAUUCAUCACCAGAUUGAAGAUCAUCUGCGCGAGGAUCACGAGUUGGGUGAAGUCUUCAGUCACUACCAGGAAUCGUGGAUGCCAUUCUCAGAGUCCAAAUCUCUCGGCGGAAUAAAGCUGGUGAAUGCGUUCAGCAAGCACUUCCUGUUUUACUACGUUUCGAAUGUUUCUGCGAAAAUGGCUUAUUUUAUGAUCAUCUACUUUGGCCGGAGGGAGGACGCCUACCAGUACUAUUACGAGUUUGAUAUUCGAUCCAAAGAUGAGAAAGAUUUGCGCCGUAUCAAGUUUGUGGAACAUUGUGUGGCGGAUUGUGACAAUUUAGCUGCAAAUAUGGCGCAGGAAAAGUGCGUUGCAGUUUCGUUCAAGAUGUUGAAGCACUACUUGCAUGACGGGAAGAUUCCGUUUCGUUUUAUUGUCAAGAAAGUUGGGAAGCGAACGUCUUCUUCGAGGGAAUGAAAUGUGCGUUUGUGCAACAUGUUACUAUUAUCGGAGAGGUGAAGUAUUACAAAAGCUUGUUAAUAAAAGCAAAAAACCAAUAA